AAAAAAGACACCCCCCCCCCUCCCCCCCCAAUCUAGACUAUCUUCUUCUUUACUCCCUCAACUACUGUAAGAGAGAGGAGUGAGAGAAGAGAGAGAAAAAAGAAUGGCAGUUUGUACAGUCUACACAACCCAAUCUCUAAACUCCACCUUCUCCUCAACAAGCCACACACCAAUCAAAACCCAGUUUGGCUUCCACCAGAAGCAGCACCAACUGGUUUUCUACAGCAAUGGCAAGAAGCAAGGGAGCAGCAGCAGUAAAAGAGACGGUCAAAGCAGUGUCGCCAACCGCUAUCUGAUAACCUGCUCUGCGGGUGACCAACAGACAGUGGUGAUUGGUCUGGCCGCAGACUCAGGGUGUGGGAAGAGCACGUUCAUGAGGAGGCUGACAAGUGUGUUUGGAGGGGCAGCAGAGCCACCAAAGGGCGGUAACCCAGACUCGAACACACUCAUCAGUGACACAACCACUGUCAUAUGCUUAGAUGACUACCACUCAUUGGACAGAACAGGGAGGAAGGAGAAGGGGGUCACAGCACUGGACCCAAAAGCCAACGAUUUUGACCUUAUGUAUGAACAAGUCAAGGCUCUUAAAACUGGUGUGGCUGUUGAUAAGCCAAUUUACAAUCAUGUUACUGGCCUUCUUGACCCUCCUGAGCUCAUUAAACCCCCUAAAAUCCUUGUCAUUGAAGGCUUGCACCCCAUGUAUGAUUCGAGAGUAAGAGACCUUUUGGACUUCAGUAUCUACUUGGACAUCAGCAACGAAGUUAAAUUUGCAUGGAAAAUUCAGAGGGACAUGGCUGAGAGAGGACACAGUCUCGAAAGCAUCAAAGCGAGUAUCGAAGCCCGAAAACCCGACUUCGACGCCUACAUCGACCCACAGAAGCAAUAUGCAGAUGCAGUGAUAGAAGUGUUGCCAACACAGCUGAUUCCAAAUGAUAAUGAAGGAAAAGUUUUGCGAGUAAGGCUGAUAAUGAAGGAAGGGGUGGAGUUUUUCAACCCAGUUUAUUUGUUUGAUGAAGGCUCUACCAUUUCAUGGAUUCCCUGUGGAAGGAAGCUCACUUGCUCUUACCCUGGCAUCAAAUUCUCCUAUGGCCCUGAAACUUACUAUGGCCAUGAGCCAGCAAGGCCAAAGCGCCGGUUCAGGCAGCGAAAGCCUGAAGCCGCGCAUCGCUUUCCGACGCCGGGACGGCGAGGCGUUGAGAGAUUUUCUCAGUCGCCGAUGUCUAGAAUGGAUUUAGCUUUGUGUUUUUACAGUGAAUCGCUCUCUGCGAUGUGUUGUCCUGAUUCUCUGAUCAGUGGAAAUUUGUGAUCUAAAAAAAUCGAAAGCAUAAAUGAAAUGCAAAUUCAAAGUUUUUGCAGAGAUUCGAACAUUA